AUGAAUGCUCUCAAGGGACGAGUAUCCUCUGAUCUCGAUGACCUAGUGAACAAAAAUGACUCACCAUUCACCACGUCCGUCAACUCAUUCCCCCUGCCACUAAAGUUCUGGAUGCCCCAGAUCAAAAGCUACGACGGGGUCAAGGACCCUCUUGAUCAUCUAGAAACUUUCAAGACACUGAUGCACCUUCAGGGGGUACCAAACGAGAUCAUGUAUAGGGCAUUCCCGACCACGCUGAAGGGCCCUGCGAGGGUUUGGUUCAGUAGACUGACACCAAACUCAAUCAAUACUUUCAAGGAGUUGAGCGCACAGUUCACCUCGCACUUCAUAAGCAGACAUCGGUACAAGAGGUCCACCGCGUGCUUAAUGAGCAUCAAGCAGCUAGAAGACGAGACGCUGCGGGCCUACAUAACUCGUUUCAACAAAGAAGCCCUUUCGAUUGACGAAGCUGACGAUAAGAUACUCGUAGCUGCAUUUACUAGCGGACUACGGAAGGGUAAGUUCUUGUUUUCUUUAUACAAGAAUGACCCGAAGACCAUGACGGACGUUCUCUAUAGAGCUACCAAAUACAUGAAUGCAAAAGACGCAUUGCUAGCCCGUGAGGAAAAGCCUAAGAAAAGGGAGAGGCAGGAGGACACGCGACAAGAUAGGGGGUGA